AUGAUUUUAAUAAAUAAUAAAACAACGGCAAGAAAUGGUGCCUUGUCAAUUACAGAACUUCGGUCAUGUACAGCGUGUGGUGAUCCUAUAGCCGACAGAUAUUUACUAGAAGUUGGAGGUUGCACAUGGCAUGGAUCUUGCUUGCGAUGUUGCGUUUGUCAUUCACCACUCGAUCGACAGCCUUCAUGUUUCCUUCGAGAACGACAAGUUUACUGCAAAGCAGACUACGCUAAGAAUUUUGGAGCGAAAUGCUCGAAAUGUUGUCGCGGAAUAGCAGCGUCGGAUUGGGUGAGACGAGCGAGGGAGCUCGUUUUUCAUUUGGCUUGCUUUGCAUGUGACCAAUGCGGCCGACAACUAUCAACAGGUGAACAAUUUGCAUUGUUGGAUGAUAGAGUUUUAUGUAAAUCACAUUAUAUGGAGAAUGUUGAUGGUGGAACGACUUCAAGCGAUGAUGGUUGCGAAGGCGAUGGCUAUCAUAAAAAUAAAGCUAAGCGAGUCAGAACAACGUUCACUGAAGAGCAACUUCAAGUGCUUCAAGCAAACUUUCAACUAGAUAGCAAUCCCGAUGGGCAAGAUCUUGAAAGAAUCGCGUCAGUGACUGGAUUAAGCAAGAGAGUUACACAAGUCUGGUUUCAGAAUUCACGUGCACGACAGAAAAAACAUAUUCAUGCUGUUCCCAGCGAAAACGAUCAGUUCAGUAGGCAUAUCAAUUUACAAUUAACGUACUCAUUUCAACAAAAUCCAUCGCACACUUCAUUGCAACAGCUCGGUGGUGGUGCAAUUAACAACAAUAACAACACGAGUCUCAACAACAAUAACAUAACAUCAAAGACGAGUUUACUUUUUCACGGUAAGAUGCGAAGAUCUUCAUGCAUAUUUGAUGGAAUUUCAAGACUAAUGGAUUCACCUCUACCCGCAGAGUCUUCAAUGGAUGAAUUGUCAGAAGAUUCGGCGAUUCAUUGCAUGCAAAAUGAAGUAUGAAAUUUGGCAAUGGCGGCAGCAUUCGUCGAGCGUUGUAGUAAAAAUAUUGACAUCUCAUAGAUAUUAAAUUCGAUAUUUACGCGCUAGAUCAACUUUAGGUCAGAUCGUACUU